CCGAUUUUGCUACAAGUUACUUACUAUCAUGGCAUCAUUAGUUGGAGAUGUUAUGCAUUUAAAUAUUGGAGCGACGGAAAAGUGGCCUGAGGAUGUAGCCUUUUUUCAGCCAUAUCAGGUCGAACAAGUUACUCUGCCCGAUUACUCCAAUUGUCUAGCAGUGCGUACAUUUCUGAGCAUGAGUGGCCUGAAGUUUGAUCUUCAACUGAAAACAAAUGCAGAGGAAAUGUCCCCAUCAGGAAGGGUUCCAUUCUUGAAGAUGGGGGCGUUUCUGGUUGCAGAAUUCGACCCAAUUGUGGCAAAUGUAAAUAUGAGAGGGUUGUCAGUAAGUGCGCAUUUGGAUGAGACCGAACGAUCAGAAAUGACAGCAUACAUUACUAUGGUCCAUACAGUACUUUACAACGCAGAACUCUAUUUGUCAUGGAUAGACAAAGAUAUAUUUGCUUCAACCACAAGACCAAGAUAUGGAUCAGUACACCCAUGGCCUUUGAGUUGGAUUUUACCAUGGAAAAGACAAAUGGAGGUGAAAUCAAGAUUGAAUGCAUGUGGUUGGAUUGAUAAGACAAAAGAAAAUGUUCUUGAUGAAAUAAAGUCAUGUCUUCAGGCUCUGUCUGAUCGCCUAGCUAAGAACACUUAUUUCUUUGGUGAAAAGCCCACAGAAUUGGAUGCUUUGGUGUUUGGACAUUUGUAUAAUCUCAUUACUGUUCGGUUGCCAGAUUCAAAACUGACAGGAAUCAUUCAAAAAUACAGGAAUUUAGUAGACUUAUGUACUCGUAUUGAAGGGGAAUUUUACAGAGACAUUCAAGAAAAUUAAUAUCAGUUUGAUAACAUUGUUUUUGUGACAGGUCAAUUUUUGUCAAAUAAAAAUGUAUUAUCUACAUGUAAAUCAUAGAUUUUUACACUAGUCGAAUUAGAUAUAUGAAUGUUGA